UGCACCCGGCGGCUGCUGAGAACCGUGGCGGUUGCGGAGCCGGCAGCGCAGGCGGGCGGAGCGGAGCUGCCCUGCCCGGUGGCGGGCGAUGCCCCCGUGAGCCUCUCUCGCGGCCCCUCCCCGCCCCGCGCCCCUACUCCCUCGGAGUCCGUCGCCCGCCUGGCACCGGGCCGCGCCUACCGCCGGGUCCGCGGGGCGGGGUCCCGGGGCAGCACCUGCCCCGCCUUGCGGAGCCGCCUCGGCCAGCGGAGACCCCUCCCUGUCUGGACCCCGGCCCCACUUCCGGGAAGAUGCAUUCAGACGCCUGAUGUACCAAGAUCUAUGAGCCAGGCAGCGCUGCCCCCAUGGAGCCUGCAUUCUAGCCAGGAGACGGCCCGGAGCAGACUCUUACCACAUCACCUCCUCCUGGAAGCUACCCUGAUUGCCUUCACCUCCUUUCUUGAAAACUGACGUCUCAGCAGAGGUUAACUGAAGCCUGUGUAAAUGCCCUAGGGGGGUGCUGCUGGGAGGGGCACAGCCCCCUGUGAUGUGGAACACCACGCUCAGAUUCCCCAGUUUGGGUUGCCUGAGGCCCUGCCGCCCCGUGGACCAUGUUUAACGGGGAGCCGGGUCCAGCCUCGGCCGCGGCCUCCAGGAAUGUGGUUCGGAGCUCCAGCAUCAGUGGUGAAAUAUGCGGAUCCCAGCAGGCUGGGGGCGGGGCCGGGACCACCACUACCAAGAAGCGUCGCAGCAGCCUUGGGGCCAAGAUGGUGGCCAUCGUGGGCCUGACCCAGUGGAGCAAGAGCACGCUCCAGCUCCCCCAGCCUGAAGGGGCCACCAAGAAGCUGCGCAGUAACAUCCGGCGGAGCACAGAAACGGGCAUCGCUGUGGAGAUGCGGAGUCGUGUCACGCGCCAGGGCAGCCGGGAGUCCACUGAUGGGAGCACCAACAGCAACAGCUCCGAUGGCACGUUCAUCUUCCCCACCACCCGGCUUGGGGCCGAAAGCCAGUUCAGCGAUUUCCUGGAUGGGCUGGGACCCGCCCAGAUUGUGGGGCGACAGACGCUGGCAACACCACCGAUGGGGGACGUGCACAUUGCCAUCAUGGACCGGAGUGGCCAGUUGGAGGUGGAAGUGAUUGAGGCUCGGGGCCUGACCCCCAAACCUGGCUCUAAAUCCCUCCCAGCCACCUAUAUCAAGGUUUACCUGCUCGAGAAUGGGGCCUGCUUGGCCAAGAAGAAGACAAAAGUGGCCAAGAAGACCUGUGACCCCGUGUACCAGCAGGCUCUGCUCUUUGACGAGGGGCCUCAGGGCAAGGUGCUGCAGGUGAUUGUCUGGGGAGACUACGGCCGCAUGGACCACAAGUGCUUCAUGGGCAUGGCCCAGAUCAUGCUGGACGAGCUGGACCUGAGUGCAGCGGUCGCCGGCUGGUACAAACUCUUCCCCACGUCCUCAGUGGCAGACUCCACGCUCGGAUCCCUCACCAGGCGCCUGUCCCAGUCCUCCCUGGAGAGUGCCACCAGCCCCUCGUGCUCCUAAGGACCUCAGGAGGAGACUGGGCUGCAGUGUGGGAAGGAGUACCUGCUGGCCCCCACCUCCUCCCCUGUACAUAGUCUUCAUGUCUUUCUGGAUCUCUUGCCCUGCUGCAUGCCUGUUGGCUACUGGGCCCAUCCCAGCUGGCAGUGGAGACUGUAGUGUGUGUGCGUGUGUCUUUGUGUGUGUGUCUGUGUGACCAUGUUAUAUCUGUUCAUAUGUGUGGGUAUAGUCAGUCUUGGUGACUACAUGGGCUAAAUCCAUGUUUCUCUGUGUCUUGUUGAAAAGAAACCCAAAGGAGUGUUGUGUGGACACAAGUCCCCCUGAGUCCAGGGGUGGAAAUGGGGGACGCAGCCAUUGGUCCAUUCUGCAUGGUCCCGUGUCCGGGGCAGAGCCCGUGUGCCCUGCCUGUGCCUCCUCUUGGUGGUCCCUAGUUAGUUUUCUGUCGUGUCCUUUGUCCCACUUUGCCUCUCCCAGCACUGCUGCUCUUUUUUGAGGAAUGUAGCGUCCCCUGUCGCUGGCCACUCUGAGGCCCCUCUGGGAACCCUGACACCCCUUCUCCCCACCCCAGCACCCUGGCAGCUCUUCCCACUGGAUGCUUCUGCAGUGUGUAGCAUGCUCACCUAGUGCCCUGGCCAGGGCCCCAGGGAGCAAAGAUGCCCGGGAGCCCAGGGCUUGGGGACUGCUUUCUCCCUCGGGCCUCCUCCCUCCUGCAAGGUUGCUGGCCGCCUACCUUGGAGGGAGCUGCCUGUGCCUCCCUUAGCGUUGCUCUUCACCUCCCGUCUCCCUGCAAGCUGCCUCACCUCCCAUAUGCCAAAGGAGCUCUCCCAGUGGCCCCCAGGAGGUGUGAUGGGAGGGUCACAACCUCCAGGAAGCCGGCCUCAGAGGGGAUGUUAUCUGCCAAAGCAGAUAAUCCCUGGAGGCACCUGUGUCCUCCCUGGGCCCUGAGGGUGGCCCUGUGCCCCUCCAGGCUCUUCCUGUUGAGGCCUGCUUGUGAGGAGGUGCCGAGGGCAGGGCUGUUUGCUGGAAUUGGGAGGGUGGGGGCUGACUUGCUCUGAGCCACUGUCAAGAAUUGAGAAUUCCGUCUGACCUUUGCAGAUUAGCUGCAUGAAGCUGAUCAUUUGGGCUUCUGUUCUUUUGCUCAUGUCCAGACCAGGGUUUCUGUCUAGGAGCUCAGACCUGCCUGAGCUCCAGCCUCCUGGCUCCGCAGACAGCUUGGCUCUGGACUCUAGACUGCCACAGUCACCAGCUCUGUACAAGCAAUACUCCCCUGCAGCCCCCCGCCUCCCUGGGCGCCGGCGCCGCCCGCUGGAGCAUGGCCUGGCCUGUUCUAAGCCCCUCUCCUGCCUCUGCUUUCUCCCGCUCUUGUCUAGUCAGAGCUUCCCAAAGCCACUCAAACCCUGACUUGAUUUCAUGGCUGGGCCCUGUUGGUGGGGACCAGUGCCUGGACUGGACCUUGUGAGACGCCUGCUGGGAAUCCUGCAGUCUGGCUCAGGAAUGCCCAGAUCUGUCCCUCUCCCUCCUCAGGUCUAGGGCAGAAGGUGAGGGGUCACCCAGGAGACAGACACUGCAGCCUGUGGGUCCAUGUCUGGUGGGGAGGAAAGAGGUGGCAGGAGGGGUCCAGGUAGAGGGCAGGCUCUCUCCGCCUCUUCCCCAGACAUCAGCGCCUAGGGCUGCCAUGACUGUAAGGCACGUCCUGACGUGAGGCGGGGGGAGCUGCCCAGGGGGCGGUGGAGAGGUCUCGGGGCCUGAGUGCUGGGCCUCCACUGGGAACCAAAGCCGAUGGGCGUGGAGGUGGAUCUGGAGGGAGGGAUGGAGGAGCAGGCUCUCUGGAGAUAAAGCCAUCUCCACCCAAAGGGCCUUCUUCUGGCAGGGAUCCGCAUUAGGCCGAAGCCAGAGCCCUGUCACCUCCCUCCCAAGGAAACGAGGGAAAGAAGCCAGGACCCCAUCGGUCCUGCCGCUGACAGACGAGUAGGUAAAGGAGUAAGGAAGCGGACGCAGUGAGCGCCUGUCUUCCGCUGGGGCCUCCCUUCCUGUAUUAUCACCGACGAAACCGUGUGUGUGCAGGAGGGGCAGGUGGCGGCUGGGUCGAAUCUUCUCCUUCUGCAGAAAUUCUCUCCCAUUGUUGGGACUGGGUAAUGCAUGCAUUUCUCGGGUUUCUAAAAUGAGGCAAAGGGCUCUGGACCCUGAGCCUAGGGUGAGGAGAGGGAGGAAACCCACUUGCAAAAGGGCAUCUUUACGUCCUGGCUGUGAUGUCUUCACCUCUAGAGCUGCCACCCUCGGGAUGCUGUGAAAAUGCUCUAUGCCUGCAGAAUGGUGGGAUUCUCAGGGAUCCCCAGGACAGUGUAGACAUUGGCUGAUGACUGGUGAUACCUAGACCAUGCAGUCACUCCCAGAGGGUGGGGGGAUUUCAAUGAGGGCUGUCACCCUCAUUCCUCCAGGGGCCCAGGGAGACAGUGAGAGGAGGCGGGGAGCUGCCAGCAGAGAGGCUGCCACUGGGGAGCUGUAGGCCAUGUGCCCCUGCCUCUAGGGGAGGGCCAGUUACACAGGGGAAGUUCUAGCCAGUGGGGGCACCUAACAUGUUGGUAAUUUGUCUGACCUGCCUGCAAUGCCCCGCUACCAAAACUGCCCAGGAGUUGGGCCUCUCCAUGUUCACCUCUCUAAUGGGAAGUAAUCCCCCCAAGCUGACCUUGGGAAUUAAUUCUUUUUAAUCUUUUGCACCAAAUAAGUUACUAAUCCCCACCAGGACCUUCCCCCGAGAGGGCGAAGUCGAGUGAGGCUGACACGUAUGUGUGAUGGUGAGUGGCUGGUUCUAGGGCCUGUUUCUCGGGAUCCUGGAUACAGAGCCUUGUCUGAGAAGCCGCUCUGGAGCUAGCCUGUCCCAGGAGAGCGGGGAGCCCGUGUGUGACUCCUGGCCUUCCCUGGGGUGGGGAGCCUCUGUCCCUUGAAGAGGGGAUGGUGGGAAAGGAGGGAACAUGAUCCCCCCGAGUUCUGCCUAACCUGGGGCCAGCUCACUGCCAGGUACAGUGUCCCAGCUCCAAAUGCUCCCUCACCCCAGAUGAAGCCUGGAGCUGGUUACAGCCUGGGGCUUUGGCAUUGCAUCUUCCUCUGCUCGGCCAGGAUGCGUGGAAGAUGUGGCAAAGAUAGGAGUGGCCCUGUGGCCAGGAACCACGAUGGAUGAUUCAGAGCAUCUGGCUUCACGUUUCUGCUCUGUUCCAUCUGUCCCACCUCCUUCAUAGACUCCUUCCCUACAGGGAAGUAGUGAUGGGUCUUUAGUAUGAACCGGGCUCCAGCAAAUGGGGCCAAGUCUUGGUUUGACAAGGGGGAUUUGAUCCUUCAGGGAAGAACUCUCUUCAAAACUACUCCCCAUCCAGUCUCUCCCACCACCCAGCUCUCCUAGGAAAGGAGCAUGGAGGCGGCCUUUGGGAUGCAGUGAGUCCUAGGCAUUGCCAGCAUUUCAUGGAGCUGAGGCAGAACCUGGGAGCUCCAGAGAGAGGGCACCAUGUAGCUCGUCACUCAUGGGACCAGCGGUUAGAGCAUUGGUCAGGCCAUUUCUCCCAGGGGCAUGACACCCCCAGGGCAAGCAUGCCUGAGCUCGUCUUUACUGCCAGCCUUGAGGAGAGCAGACACCCCCCCCCCCCUUUAAAGACAAUAGAGCCCUCCAAGGGUACUUCUUUGGAAGUGAAAUGUAGCACAAUCUUAGACUGCAUUACCAGGAGCCCCGACAUGCUCCUGGGGUUCUUGCUGCACGCCCUGCUGCCCAGGAGACGCUCCUCCUCCCUGGGGCUCCAGAGCUCCUAGUACCUCUGAUUCCCCAUCUUCCUUGGCCCGGAAAGCAGCAGGGCUUCUGGUUCUCUGAUUGCUUCCUGCACUGUGCAAACUCUGUACGAGACAUUGCUGCCUUUGCAUGAUGUUGUAGACGAGUGGUCCUUCCCUGGGGGAGAGGGAGGGCACAUCAUUCAGGGCCGGGAGGUUGUCCAGCAGUGUUGGCCGUAGCCCGAGGAGACGGAAGAGAGGCCUGCUCCCCGCUGACUGCCUCCCACCCCCCCAACCCCCCCAUCUCUUCCUCUCCUUGUGCUUUCGUCUACAACAUCCUGACCCGUAAAGAGAUUCUUUAAAAUGCUGCUUCCUCUACUGGGUGAUAGUUCACUGAACGGUCAGGAGGUGAUGGGAAUGUAGACCAUCCCCUGCCUGCUCCCUCAAGUCUGCUUUUCGCUCAGAUCAGAAGAGACUGGGGCAAAACUGAACAAUCAUGAUCGAAGGGCAGGGGAGCCCUGCCUCGUCCGGUGAGGGCUGCUGGGGGCUGGAUCGGCCUGGUCUGGCUGGGAAAGGGUUCUUUUGAAAGAGUGCCUGAGCAUCUCAGAACAAUGUCAGUGAUGCCAAAGAGAGCGACUUGGCCUCCUUGGGCACCAACGCUGCUGGCUGAGCUGCACAACCGCGGCUCAGGUGUUGGCCUGCCUGAUGGUGGGACCUUGUUCUCUGACAAAGGGCUUAAUCUUUCCAUGUAGCAAAGCAACUCCCCCUCCCCCUAAUCUUGAGCUCGGGCUUUUAUGGGCCCAGCAAGGCUGUGCCUGUGAGGGAAACCACAGCAGUGAGAGACACUUGCAUUCCCUCAGGGGCCUGGACUGGCUGGGGCAAGUGCUGGUUGAGAGGCGGGAAUGUUAAGUGCUUUGGGAAACCCGUCCAGGGCUCUGGCCGGAAACUUGGCCAGUAAGGACAGGGACCUUGGGCCUCCCAAGGAGUUCACACUGAUGCCAGGAAGAGUCCUUGGGACUGAGUUCCAGAGAGUUUGGCUAACAGAAAUGGGCUCUGGGAAUUUCCAGGGCAACAGAGCACCCGUCCCACUGGUCAGUGGCCUGGACAGCUGGCUACAGAGAAUCAAAGGCUGUUAUAUACGGUUUGGCCAGAAACUGUGACCCCGUGCAAGACUCCUCACUUUUCUGGGCCUCAGCUUCCUCAUCUGCAAACUCAGAGCAUUUGCUAGUUGCUCCAUGGUUCCCUCCAGGUUUUAAAAGUCUGAUCUGGAGCUGAUGAGGUUUGCGAGCCUGAUACACCCGGCACCUGGUUCCACGGGCUGGUUUCUUCCAGCCCUGAGUGCCCAAGCUGGGUGCAGAUCCUCCUCCACCCACGCCCGGAUGCUGCCUCUGACAAGAACUCUGGGAAUCCUAACAGACUCUGCUUCCACCUCUGCGGUCUGCUUUCUCUCUUUUCUUCUUGUGUAAUGGGGAGAAAUACUUGAGGGUGGUCUACAAUGGACAGUUUUCAAGGUGCUGAUGUGACGUCACCACCUCAGCUGCAUCCUGCGUGGGUCAGUAUCCCCACCAGCGCAUGAGGCUGGGUCGGUCCUCAUUUCUGCUUCUAGAAUGACAUCAGUGGAGGAACUGAACAUCUGAGAAUAUUAAAAGGAAAUGCUCUCUGAUGGGAGGGAACUUACUUCCCUUCAAAGUGUUUGACUUCUUAAAGCCACUUCUCUCUCCAGGAUGUCUUUUACCAGACAUCUCAGCAGGCAGAGUGGCUGCCUCCUUUGGGAAAGUUGGCCUGAUUGUUCUAUCCACUCCUUUAGAAUAUAAAUUCACAGGAGGCAGGAUCCCCUUUUUUAGAAUUUCCAAAUGCAUCCUGCAAAGAAAGAGAGAGCUGAUAGGGACUGACAAGCACACUGUUUAGAUAAGAAGCAAUUAGCCUUUUAUAUCUGUGCUCUAUACAUUUUCUAUGUGCAGCAUAUUUCCAAACUUCUCGUGGCUCCUGGGUGGCAGGUGGACAGCUGAGAAGGACUGCCGGCUGUUUCGUACAACGUUCUUGCCAAUUCCCUUGAGGAGAAAAUUCUUCACGUGGCUUCUGCAUGUACAGUAUUUGAGCAGCAAAAAAUGAUUAAAGUCAGUUUGAAAAUGA